AUGAACGGAAAGGACCUGGCUUUCGAGUUAGAUGAGAAGCAAACUAUAUUUAAUCAACUUGUAGAAGAAGUAAAUCACAGUUAUCAAGAUAUUGAACAAAUUAAUAAAGCCAUUGUCGAAAAACAAAAACAAAUUGUAUUAGCUAAGCUUAGAAAUGCUAAUUUACGAUCUAGAAAACCAACAACACUUAAAGUAAAUCCAGAACCAUCCGAAGGUGAAUAUCAAAUCAAUGAUGAACAUCGAGUUAUUCUAAAUAACAAAUUAAAUGAACUCAAACCUAUUUCUUAUGAAAUAGAUGAACAUGAAACAAUUCAACGAGAGUUAUUACAGUCUUUAGAAAACGUCACAGCAGAUUCUAAAGCAGAAAACAUUAAAAAGGUAGAUUUAUCGAUCAAAGAGCAUGAAAUAUUAAAUGAGAUCGACAAGCAGAACAAUCAGAUUAAUAUUCUUAAAAAGAAAGUUACAGAAACAGAAUUGAGAAUUCAAUCUCUCCAAACUCUCAAGCAAGAAGGUGAUGCAGCAUACAUGAAGCUCAAACAAAGAGAAAUUGAGUUCGAGAAUUCCCUCGGAGGUAGAAUUGACUGCCUGAAAGAAAUUCCAAAUUUGCAGAAGCAACUAUAUGAUUUGGAUACAGAACUCAAUCAAACUAAGGCUAGAAUUCAAGCUAAUAACGAAGAGGAGAAACAAAGACAAGAGAACUUUGAUAAGUCUAAUUUAGCUCAUAACACAGCAAUAAACUGGCAGCGCGAGAGAGACCAACUUUUACAAGAAUUAAAGGAGCUCAAAGAUCAAAUAGAAGUUCAAGAAAAAGGCCUUCAAGAUGAACAAAAGAAAGCUAACUCAGACAAUGCUAGAAAUAAAAAGUAUUCACAGUUUGUUCAGAAAUGGAAGAGUAGUCUAAAUAGCAUUGAUGAGCCAGAACAGACCAUUUCACAACUUUGGGAUGAAAAAGAGAUGCUUCGUGCAGAAAUUCAAUCUAUGAAGCAUGAAAAAGAAGAAUUAAUAGGAGAACUUAUAGCCAAGAAUACUAAGCUCAAUGAUGAAAUAUCAAGAAGACGUCAAAAACCGGAGCAACUUAAAAUUAUUUUCCAAACUGAGCAAAAUAACUUGAAGGGAAGUGGCAGUAAUAGCUCUUCGCAAGCUUCUUUCAAAGCUCAGGAAGAAAAACUGCUUAAGGAAAUCCAAGAAGUUCGCCUUAAGCUUGCUGAAAAAUAUUAUCUUUAG